AGUCGAUUACUAAUCGAUUAAUCGAUUAACUGUUACAGCUCUAAUAUACUCAACAUUCACCAUUCACACACACACACACACACACACACACGUUUGGGAACUUCUUCUCAAGCCCUCCAUGUCUCUGCAGUCCAUCCUUAACCCCAUGACCCCGAUGGAAGCACACGUCGUCUGACUUGUACCAUAAAUGCUGCAUGCAGGUUGAAUGGAAAGAGGAAGAAAAAGAAUCUACUGGGUAAAAUGAUGAAAGUCCUUUUGGCAUCGAUUGCCAGAAAAUGAAUACAACUAAUAACAGCAUUAAACGAUUCCUAAUCAAUGACGCCGGGCUCCAACCGGCAGGUCUCCGUGCCUCACGCCUGCGACGGACGGAGAUGCUCGGUUUGGUUUGGUUUGAACUCCGUGCCGCCUCCGCUGUGGCUCAGUUGCAUGUGGCAGCAGCGCGCAUCAUCCAGUGUUGCACUCGCAGCGCGCCACGGGCGGAGAGAAAAGAAGAAGGGAAGAAAAAAAACCUGGCGUUGUAACAACGGCAACAAGACACGGAGCUCAUCCAUAUUAGAGGAGUCUUUAGUGAACCCGGACCGCGAGAGAGACACUCCUCUCCUGCUCCCGGCUCCCGUCGCAUCUGCUGCCGGACUCGGUGGAGGCGCGCGGAUGAGAGUCGCAGCCCCGUCUCUGUCAGCAUCAGCAUCAGCCUCAGCAUCAGCAUCAGCAUCAGCAUCAGCAUCAGCCUCAGCAUCGCCUUGAAGACAAAGGGAGCGCCGCGCACCCAAAGUGGGCUCCGGUCGCGGAGGGGAGACAGUUUUUGUCUUCUUCUUUUUUUCCUUUUUUUUUUUUCAAAGACAGCUACGACGCAGCCGUGCGCGCCCGCCCGGAGGCAGACAGACGCCGGUCCGUGGAGACCCCCUUCUGGAAUGCGCAAAGAUGUGAGAGUAAAGGCGCGGGAGGCACCGUGAUUUGACCACAUUACAUCUCUCCCUCUCUCUCUCUCUCUCUCUCUCUCUCUGGACGCAUCGGGCACGGCGAGUCAUGCUUGUUCCUGCCGGGCCAUCGACGGGGUGGCGUCAAACUUGAAGGUCUUGCACAGUCGAUGCGCGUCGCGGCGUCGACCGUGCACUUUGCAUCAUUCCCCCCCCCCCGAAUAAUAGGCGGCGGUGCUGAGACUUGACUGAUCAACUAGUGAAGGAGAGGAGGACGCACUCACUUCUCACACCUUCCCCUCGGAGCUUCAUGGUGUUUGAGAACUUACUGCAUUAGCGUCUGACUGUGCCGCAUCAUGCUGUGGAUGAAGUGGAAGAUGGUGGUGGACUCCCUGCGUGGCCGGAGAAGGAGGCUGCCGUGUUUCCUCUGGUUCCUCCUGCUAUUCACUGCUGGAAGUCUGGUUCUCUUCAUCCACCGGCAAGAUUUGUCAGAGAUGGUCCAGCAACAAGGCUCAGGCAUGAUGCUUGAAAGCACUCCACAGCAGUCCAGAGAGACCCUCUCCACUUUGGACAGAGAGAGAGGCAAAUCUGACAACCACCAGACAGCAGAAGGUGUCUUGCCCAGCCUGGUCCCUCCGAUGCAGUUCCCACACUUUGAGAACAGUCGACAGACAGCCACCCCUGGGUCUCGAGAGCAGGACAUCAACUCCCAUCACGUCUCCAAAAGACAGCGCAAACUGCUGAAGACAAGUCCCCCGAUCCGUCACGCCACCAACAAUGUUUCCUCAUCCUCCUCUUCUUCCUCGUCCUUACAUUCCUCCUUCUCUGCCUCGGGCUCUUUUGGCCCUGAGAGCUGGAUAAAGCUCACCAACACCUUGGAAGCACGCCAGAAACUGAUGAAGGAAAUGUGUGCCAAGUACAAAAGCAGCAUCUCCAGGACCAUUACACAUCAUCAUGUGAAAUACCUGUAUGUGGUGGACAAGUACAAGUUGUUGUACUGCCAGGUGCCCAAGGCAGGCUGUUCCAACUGGAAGAGGACCCUGAUGGUUCUGGCGGGCCAGGCCUCCAAUACUCAGAGCAUCAAACAUGACACAGUCCACUAUGACAACCACCUCAAGAAGCUGGACAGCUUCGACCAACAGGGUCUCAUGCACCGACUGAAAACCUAUACCAAAGUCAUGUUUGUGCGAGAACCCUUGGAGAGGAUGGUGUCGGCUUAUAGGGACAAGUUUGAAAAUCCAAACGACCACUACCACUCACUGUUUGGGAAACCUAUCAUCUCCAAGUACAGGGCGAACGCGUCCUCGGAGGCCCUGAGGACAGGGAACGGGGUCACGUUCAAGGAGUUUGUCCAGUACCUCCUGGACGGCCACCGGCCCGUGGGAAUGGACAUCCACUGGGAGCAGGCGAACCAGCUCUGCAACCCUUGUCUCAUAUACUAUGACUUCAUCGGUAAGUUUGAAAACAUGGAAGAGGAGUCCAACUUUCUCCUGCGAUUGAUUCGGGCACCACACAACCUCAAGCUGCCUAAUUUUAAGGAUAGGAACCCUUCUGACAAGAGGACCUCUAUGCAGCUCACACAAAAUUACUUCUCGCAGGUCAGCAUGUUGGAGAGACAGCGAGUCUAUGACUUCUACUACAUGGACUACCAAAUGUUUAACUACUCCAAGCCUUUUAAAGAUUUGUAUUAACUGACUCCUACCAAGACUCUUGAAUCACAGUCACAUUCCACUAUGUCCACAUCUUAACCAUCUAACUCUAAAUGGUGGAAUCUUUUUUUUCCGUCUGACUGUCUUUCAAUUUUCUCAACACACACUCAUCUGCUCAACCUCAAAUUUUGUGUCGAACUCUGAAGUGUUUUGUUGGAUGAGCGGUUUUGGGAAAAUCAACAGACAGAUAUUCCUCCAUUUCUUUUUCUUUUAAAUGGAGACAAAACCCACGGAUGACAUCACUGAAGGCCACGCUUCAGCUUGUUUCAGCAAUGCACUCGGGAUGGUUAUUCCAGCUUAAAGCUCUAUCACAUGAUCACAUGGACCUUUGCACCAAAGCAGAGAGAAAAGCUGCUUUUUAGGAAUUAAAUUCCACCAGAUUAUCUUAAUUUCAGACAACUAUGAGAUGAAAAGGUCCGCGUGAUGUUGUAUCAAAUACACUAAACUGUCCUGAAGUACAAGGUAUUUAUCCACUACUAGCACGUGAUGUGGUAGAUUAUUGAAAUCAUAAAUGUUAUGUUACUAAUAAGAAGUUUAUUGUUGUUUUGCUGGCUUUAAAUGAUGCCUUACCAUGGGUCAAAUAACAAUGUGUUUUAUGGAUUAAUUCAGCACAGAUGCCACGCAUGGGUGGGAUUUAGUAUAGGUUCCAAACACAUUCCUGAAUUCAGACAUUAUUUCAUCAUAUAGUAUAUUUAGUCUUUUUCAGUCUUUGAUAGCCACAGACGAAGCUAAAGUAAGGAUCAACUCUCCCAAUCACCUUCAGCCAACUCUUUUUUUUAAUUUGAAGUAUUCACUCACAGCAAGUUAGGCAUCACUAUACCUCGAAGUAUCAGUACAUAACAAUACAGGUACUUCAUGUAAAUGGUUUUACUAAAUGUAAAGUGUUACGAAAUGAAACGCUGCAGACAGUAUACAUCUUGAAAAUGUGUAAAGUGCAGUGUGCACGUAUUGCAGCAUUUUUGUACUUCUCACUUCGUCGGUUGGGUUUGUGUUUAAGUCUGACACAUUCACUGCUGUGAGACCCCUGUCCCUACAGUAUUUACUUGGGUUGCUAUAUGCAGGACAGCCAGGUACUCGCAGGGUACAAUAUGUUGCUGCCAAUGUCUCUUAAUACCUUUUACAGUAUUAUAGACUGACUGUUCAUACUUUCUGUUGACAGCAUUGGCAACCCCCCAAAAAAACAACAACACAAAAACUGGUGUUUAUAUUCGGUAUCAAAUAUAAUCAAGUGUAAUGAUAAUAAAAGAAGAGUGGCAAAACUUCUCCAUGUGUCAUACCAAACACUCCCCGAACAGCUACGUCGAACAGAUCUGACACUGUCAGUCCCUCUGUAUGGAUCACAUCUCCUCUACUCCACUUUAAAGGCUUUUUUUCUGAUACUACUGUGUAAAAAUGUAUAAUGGGCAUUCAGAUGACUGUAUAUUUUUCUAUAUAUCUAUAUAUAUAUAUAUAUAUAUAUAUAUUCAGUGCUUAUUGGUGAAGGUAUGUUUAUUUUCUUUUUGAUGUCACUGGUUGUUCUUUCAAUAAUACCACUAUAGAGUGUUGUGUAACUGAAGAGUUUCUUUCCAAAAAACAAAAUAUCCGCCAGCUCAAAACCACAAGUUUCAAGAAACUUCACAGCUGAUAUUAAAAAAAAUGAGUGGUACAAUUUAUUGUGUAGAAAAAAACUACUCUAGGUCCGAUCGAUGGAUAGAUACCACUGGGUGCUUCAGAGGUAGCAUACUUUUUUAAAAAAAAAUGGAUAUAUACGUUUUUGGAAAUGAGCUCUUUAAUUAGUUAUCCCUGAUCUGUUUGGUAUUCCAAUAGGAUCGAAGACCCUGUACAGAUGAGCUGCAUCCCACCUAGUUACUCAUCCUGGCUAAUGACAGCGUUACCAAUAGCAACUCCACUGUGUGCAUCUGUGUGUGUAUGUGCAAUAUUGAAUACGCUGUUUAAAGGCUUUACAAUCGUUCUUCCCACCCUUUUUGGAAGUAUAAAGUAUAUAAAGACUUUGCAGGUGCAGUAUCCUGUGUCCAAUGUUACUAAACUGGUAUAUUCCCAACACACCUAACCCACCUGUGAACGUUUUUCUUAAGCUCUGCCUGAUGCAGGUCGGACCACACUGUGAUCACACACAAUGUGCACUGGAAACUACACAGACACUGGCGAUUCCGAGGUCCUAAAGCACUCAAACAUUGUUAAAUUAGGCGCCUCUUACAACCCCUUUAUGGGAGUAGACAUGUUUUAAGAUACUGCUAAAUAUGAUUUAUUAUGAGGUUUAAAAAGGUGGAAGUAGAAACAUGAGACGGACUAGGUAUGUCUAACAGAGUAUUAUAGACUGAAUGAGACCUGAGCCAAGGUGGCUCCAAAAGAAAAUGUUGUUUAAUUCUUCUAGUGCAAUGAAGUGAUUAAAUGUUAUGCCUAUGAUGCCAAAGGAAUAAAUAGAAAUACCCUUAAUACACAAAAACAAAGUCAGAUGUAACCCAUGUGGGUACAAUCAAAGUGGGUACAGUAUGUUUUUAUGAGGGCAUGAUGAAAAGUUGAAUUCGAUGUUCUGUGACGCUGAGAGCAACAUAUGGCUGGUCUCCAAUAAAGCAGUCACUGUACAGCUACACACUUUGCGACUCACUGAAAAUGUGUUUUGUGUAACAAGGUACUUUAGGAAGCAAUUUUAUUUGCCUAUGAGCAAAGGGGAAUUUCUAUUAUUUAAAUCUAUACACAGUAUAAUCGACUUUUGAUGACUUUCAAGACUUUUGGUGGUAUUACCCUUUCAUGGUGGUGGUAACUGUAUGAACUUUUUGUCAGUAAAGUGCGUUGGCUUUUGCAAUUCCAAAACUGUUUAGGUUGCGGUCAGAUUAUAGCCACUCUCUGGCCACAACAGCUAAUGCAUUACGACGAGUGUUGCUCCUGCAACUACUGCGUCAGUCCCUGCCCCUCAGCUAAUAAAGCUUUCUUGGUAUGUGGGUGUACGGACAGAUUUAUCUAAAGCAUAAUUACUGUAACAAGUGAAUGUAUAACUGUUAUCAUUGGUGCAAAGUUGUAUAAAACAUGAUCUCAAGCCCUUUGCCUUAUUUUACACUGCCAAUCAAAUGGUGUAUUUCAGGAAGAUAUUCUUCAGGUGGUUAUUGUUUCUGGCUGAUGAUUACUAAUAAAUUGUCUUUAGCAUUUUC